AUUUAUGUCUUAUCUCCAAACUAGGUGAGGUUAGCCAGUUUUCCAUCUGCUGCUAACUUUGGAUAGACAAAAACUUGUGUUGCUUUUUCUUCUUUUUAAAGUUAAUUUAGCAGUGUGUUUGCUGAGACAGAGAGGGUGGCACACUGCUGGGCUACAUAAGAAUCUGCUUCAAAACAAAUUACAAAAGAUUCUAUGUAUUUAAUAUAUUAUGAGAAAUCCACAGAGUCUGCUUAAAGGGUAAAGGAAUUUAUUAGGGAGGAAGACUCACUACAGCAUGGGAGAUUUAUCAUAGGGUCCUGGAAGUCCGUGGUACAGUCCAACACUGUUCUUCCGCCUGGGUCUAUCUCAACAUCUGAGCCCACGAGGGAGAGACGUCUCAGGUAUUAAGGGUAGCCCGAGCCAUACCCUGGGGCAGGUACUUUAAGGUCAUAGAUAGAUAGGACAGUUAACCUGCUACAUCUCUAAGGGUGGUACUCCAAGGUCAUAGAUAGAAUGGUUAUACACUACAUUAAUAUAUUAUUUUUAUAAAAGAGGCUGGGGAUGUAGUUCACAUGAUAUAGUGCUUACCUAGCAUUCACAGAUGUGGUCCUAGCACUUGAGAAAUGGAGCUAGAGGAUCAGGAGUUCAAAGUCAUCCUCAGCAACAAAUGAGUUAAGCACCAUCCUGGUCUAUAUGACCUGUCACCUCCCACUUCCCCCAAAAGUCCAAUGUAGACAAGUCUAGGGGCUAUUUUCAUCAACCCAGUUCCUACCCACUGCUUCUUUAAGGGUUUUGUAUAUUUACUUACCUGUAUAUAGAGCUUCAUAUAUCACACACAUGCAUAAAUUAUAUUGUAUGUAAUUCUCAUGUUUUUGUUUUCAUUUUUGUUUGAGAGGAGGUCUUGCUAUGCAGCCCAAGUUGGCCUGGAACACUGUGUAUUCCUUAGCUUACGGAAUACUAGUAUUACAGAAGUGAGUGGGAAUACUAGUAUUACAGAAGUGAGUGGGAAUACUAGUAUUACAGGAGUGGGAAUACUAGUAUUAUAGGAGUGAGUGGGAAUACUAGUAUUACAGAAGUGAGUGGGAAUACUAGUAUUAUAGGAGUGAGCCACCAUGUGCCCAGUGGUCUCCUCUAUUUUUUGUAACUGCUUAUAGCAGUAAGUAAUCUAUAACUAAUAAAUUUUCUCAUAGCCAGGCCUCAGAGACUUGAGUGUGAAGUAAAAGGCCAGGCAUCUGAAAACACACGUUUAUUUUAUCCAAUUCCUGUUUAGCAUCUGGUCCCCAAGUUCUUUGGACAUGGCUCCACGUUCACAGCGGCGAAAGCACAAGAAACCCCGACCAGUGACUCCUGUGGUUGUAAUCCCACCCACAGAAGUGUCUGCGGAACCGCCAGCCCUCUCAAAACCUAACCCUAGCAUUGAUGCUCUUGGCUUUAUUUCCUUGGACAAUAAUGUACCAGGUCUGUCCCAGUUGAUCCUUCAAAAGCUGAACAUGAAGAGCUAUGAAGAAUACAAGUUGGUGGUAGAUGGGGGAACCCCAGUAUCCAGCUUUGGAUUUCGGUGUCCACAAGAAAUGUUCCAGAGGAUGGAGGACACGUUCCGAUUCUGUGCUUCCUGUAAAGCACUCCCUUUUGACCUUUCAGAUCACAAGGUUCUCCGGCACUGUAAGAGGUGCAGAAAUGUCUAUUACUGUGAUACAGAGUGUCAGAGGUCAGAUUGGCCAGCACACAGGAAGGUUUGUCAAGUGCUCCGUCUUGUGGCUGUGGAUCGCGUCAUGGAAUGGCUUCUGGUCACAGGUGAUUUUGUCCUACCCUCGGGACCUUGGCCAUGGCCGGCAGAAGAGAUACAGGAUUGGGAUACCUGGUUUUCUAUGAGGGGUCUACAGCUAGAGGCGACACUGAAUGCUGUUCUAGAUAGCUGUGCUAUGACCAUGCUUUGGGCCAGUCUAGGAAGGCCACGACCAGAACCAGAUGUUCUGCACAGCUCUUUGAAGCGGUUGAUGACAGAUGCUUUGUCACGGCCUUUGACCCUGGGCCUAGGGCUUCGGACUCUGGCCCUAGAUGUUGGGAAGACUGGGGGAAUCACAUUGCAUGUAGUUGGUGCUUCCCAUGUGGAGACAUUCCUCAUUCGUUCUGGAGAUUAUGAUGAGCUCGGCUACAUGUUUCCUGAACACCUUGGCCUCCGUGUGAUCAUGGUGGGUGUGGAUGUGGGCACUAACCUUUUACAGAGUUCCUCGCCUAUACCCCUGCAGCCUGGAACAAUUCAGCUUAGUGGCUACAAGGCUCUGUAUCAUGACUUCUGGGAGGAGCAGAUAGAGACUGGGAAUCUAGCCCAUCCAGAUUUGGUGGCUGCAUUCCAUCCAGGUUUCCAUGCCUCUCCAGUCUUGAUGGAAGCUUGGCUACCUACCCUGCUGCUACUUCGUGACUAUGCGAUCCCAACGUUGAUUACUGUUUACAGCCAACAGGAAUUGGAAGCCUCUUUGCAGAUUCUGGUGAACUUGGAUACACACAUCAUUGCUUGUGGAGCUAAUCCUUUCGCAUCCCUCAAACCUGAACAGGUCUAUUCUAACCCCAAUAAGCAGCCAGUGUACAGCAGUGCCUACUACAUCAUGUUUCUUGGAAGUUCCUCCUGCCAACUAGAUAAGAAGCAGUUAGAAGAAAAAGCAGAUGAUUUUUCAAUAUUUGAACCAAAUCCUAACUGAAUGCCUGGAAAAUAGAAGCUUAAUCAAAUCACCCUGUUGAUGUCCAGUUGUUGCCAGCUUUGAAACCUACUGAAUGCUAAAUCUUAUUCACAGUCCAAGUAAAGAUUCUAA